UUAUAAAGGAAUUGUUAUCAACAAAUCAAACUAUCACUUUUGAUCAUUUUUACUCGGUGUUUUACACGAACAAAAUGUUUGUUUUCUUGCUGUUACCUCUGAUAGCCGUUACUGGGGUGUCCGGGCAAUUUGCCCUCUCUUUUGGAACAAGUGCGCCACCGGGACCUAAAUCAUUCGAUCCAAAUUGUAUAGACAAGAUGGACACUUGUUGGAAAAUGCCUCAGUCAAAUUGUGAAAAACCUUACGAGGAAUGGGCCCAACAAUAUUGCCCAAACAGAUGUGGAUACUGUCUCGGUCCAACCACCCCAGCACCGGCUUGUGUGAACAAACUCCCGAAUUGCGAAUCGUAUGAUAAGUCAGUUUGCACAGAUCCCGAUUACAGAUCAUGGGCAGGGGAGAACUGUCGUUAUUUCUGCAGGAUGUGUAGCCAGGCCGAGUUGUUAAGAUUGGACUCAAUAACUACUACAAUAAAACCAGAAGAUUGUGUAGACAAAGUGGACUGUCGACAAUAUGGCACCAAUGCUUGUUCAAAAUCUUUCGAAGCUUGGUCCAAAGACAAUUGUGCAAAUUAUUGCGGAUUCUGCAAAGGCCUACCGACCCCACCUCCAGUGUGCGAAGAUAAAAUUCCAAAUUGUAAGGCAUAUAACCCAAGCACCUGCACCGAUCCUCAAUUCAAAAUGUGGGUUGAAGACAACUGCCAAAAGUUCUGCGGUUUAUGCCCAGGAUCGUCUGGCUUUACAGCUGCUCCACCUGUUCCAGUAGCCAUAGGCGGCAACCCGACACUCGCUCCUCCACUAAUAAAUAGCCCAGGUAAGAAUAGUCCAACUAUUAGUUACAUUACCGCAGCACCACCCUUGCCCGGAAAACGUUCAAAGGUGUCUGCGCGUUCUAAACGACAAUUUCACGCAAGCCACCAUCACGGGAUGUCACAUGACUGCUUGGACGCAACGUCUAAUGAUCCACUUUGUAACACAGAAGCACCAACAGAACGUGAGACAACGCUCUCGUCCUUAGUGGAUUCAACAGGAUUUCCCGGAAGUGAAUUCCAUCCCCACCAAAAACCUGAUAACAACUGGGACUCUAAACCCUCCACAGCAGCACCAUCAACUACAACAACAACAGCAGCUACAACAACAACAACUGAAGCCACUACUACUCACGCAAAACCUCCUAUUGCAACUAAUCAUGCCACGCCUACAAGGCAAACUCAAUCCACUGAAAGUCCUUCUACAACUACUGCUCCAACCACUGUUACAGAUGCCCCUACAACAACCACAGCUCCUCCCAUGACCACAACCAAACCCACAACGACUACAGCUCCGCCUACUGUCACAGAGGAACCUUCAACUACAACUGUCCCGCCCACAACGACUGAAGCAGCAACGACAACCCCUAAACCCGAAACACCAUCAACUACCGUGUUAGCUGUUAAGACACCUGGAAGUAGGUCAACUUCGUCCUCUACAGAUACACAAACCGAUUCCACAGCCGCGACCACUUCUACAGGCCCGACCACUACAUCAACCACCCAAACAAAUACGCCACCAACCGUACCUUCAACCGCGCCUCCAACCGCACCUCCAAUGACGCAAGCCCCACCGCUUUCUAACACAGCUGCACAAACAACGUCGACUACAACAGUCGGAACAACUACAGAGGCAUGUAGGGAUACAGUGGAUAAUUGUGCAAUGUACGGAAAGACGGCUUGUGAAAGUGGGGUAUACCGUCCAUGGGCUAAAGCACAUUGUAGUGUUUUCUGUGGCUUCUGCGUACCAGUGACUCUUACACCAUUCCACUGCCAAGACAAGUUGGCAAAUUGUAAAGAAUUUGACGGAGGUGACCUUUGUACGGCUGAUAGCUACUUUGCAUGGGCACGAGAAAAUUGCUUCAACUAUUGCGGAUUCCCUCCAUGCGGAAAUAAUACGGGGAUAGUUGUGACCACAACAGCGGAUGCGCCUUCUUCCGCAGUCCUAGAACAUAAUUCAACAGAUUCUAAUUGCACCGACAAGCUAGAUAAUUGUAUAUCAUAUCCCGACGAGAAGUGUGUGGGUAUAUAUGAACCAUGGGCUCGCUCACAAUGUGCCUAUCGCUGUGGCUAUUGUGAAGACUUUUUACCUUGUGAGGAUGCAAAUCCAGACUGUGACAAGUUUCCUCCGGAAUCAUGUACCAGAGAUUCAUUUAAAGGAUGGGCAAGGCAGAAUUGUAGACAGUUUUGUAACAUGUGUGCUCGUCCUACGCAAAAUCCGUCGUUUACAGGACCUACAGGAACUUCAGGAUUAGUAAACACGACCCAUCCUACUCCAGAGAUACCCCACUCGUCAGUCGACCCUGUAAUGUUGACGUCACCAAAACCAUGAUAUUAUAAAUACCUUAUUACUUAAAAAUAAUAAAAAUGAAUGGGAA